UGUUUGUGCGUGCCUGGCACGACUGCCGUCCCAUUGUCGCGUUCGCCGUCCUCGUCAUAGCGUGAGAGGGUCCCGCGGACACCACGGUACGAUAGCGUCCGCGACACACUACCGAGCGUGCCGUCCGACAUCAGCCGCGAUAUGUCAAGUCAAAUAUGUCUAAAGUGGAACAGUUUCCUCAGCAAUAUCGCGACCAGCUUCGAGAGCCUGUGGGAGGAAGAGGGCCUGGUGGACGUGACCCUCGCCAGUGACGGACAGUGUCUCACGGCGCACAAGGUGAUACUAUCGGCCAGCAGUCCCUUCUUCAAGAAGGUCUUCCAGACAAACCCAUGUCAACAUCCUGUUAUAAUUCUUCAGGAUGUACAUUUUAGUGAAUUGGAGGCAUUACUUAUAUUUAUAUAUAAAGGAGAAGUUAAUAUUGAGCAGAAGAAUUUACCAGCACUUUUAAAAGCAGCAGAAACAUUGCAAAUUCGGGGCUUGUCUGGUGGAGAUAUCUUUGCAAAGGAGUCCUAUAAACGAUUAGCUGAAUUAGAGCAGGCUGUAGCCGAAGAUGCACCGCUGAUUAAAGAAGAGUCACCUAAAAAAAAGCAAAAAGUCAGCAAACAACAGAAUAAUUCUAUAUUGGAGAAAGCUCUAACACCUAGAAUACCGCAGUCAGAAAAUACAAAUGAAUCUGCAGCCAGUGAUCAAAGUGGAAAGGAUGGAGAGUACUUGUUGCCUGAAACAUUACCAAAUCCAGUAUAUCAUCGGUUGGAGAUGAAAAUAGAACCAUUGGAAAUGGCAGUAGAUGAUCUCCAAAAGCGGUCUCCAUUAGAUAAAGAUCCAGCAGAAAGGCUAGACACAGGACAAACAGAUGGGAAUCAAGGGUCUGGGAACAGUCCUGCUGAAGACAUUUCCGGUUUAUCUGGCUUGUCCGGGCUAAGUGGAUUCUCGGACGUCAAGCCGCUGCUUUACUCGUAUCAGCAUCUACCUUACGCCGAUCUCCUGCCAAGCCCGGACAUAAUCUCGACCUGGGCGUCGUCUCGACCGAUGGAUCACCUGGCUUGCGAUCUCAUGAAGAUCCUUUUCACGCCGGAAGAGAGAAUCCUCUGUAAUGUCAAUGGCAAAAUGGGAAAACAGCAGUUCGACAGCAACAAGAUACAUUUAAUCCGGGAGGUUCUGUUACACUUUAGUGGUAUAGCGCCUAAUAGCAUCGAAUGGGAGGAAGCAUGGAAGAAUUGCGUAACCAAAAUUGACACUAGUAAUAGGGGCUUGAAAAGGUAUUUGUUUCAGAGGCGCUCGGUCUACACCCAAUGACUAGGGCGUUUCAGGUCAGGGGUAAAACGGAAACGUUUCCACUGGCUAGAAUAGGAUCGUUCUUGUAAACCUGUCGCCCCGUUUGUUGUUCUCACGCGAUUAUCGCGGGGUUCGUCCCUCGCUUGUUCCUCUUCAGUGUAAAGCUUUCGCGCAGCUUUACAUUUAGAACGUUGUAAAAAAUUGAUGUAAGUAGACAUUAAAGUUCAGGUAUGGGGAAUAAGAGACGGACAGUCAGCUGGCAUGACGGUCAGCUAAAAAAUCGUGAAGUUAACACGUGCAAUAGGAUCGGAGCGCAAGCGUCUUCGAUUGACGAUUCUAGGUUGUAGAUUUCGGGGUGACAGGGUGAUUAGGCAAGAGCAUUAUAGACGCGAUUGAAUUAUUUAUAUACGCUUUAGAUUUACCGCUCGACAUGACGAACGAUCGAAUAAUUCUAAACCUUUCUCUUUCAUUAUAAUUUUUACAUUGAAAAGUAUCUCCUCCGAGAUACUUUGUUUGAUCUCUCUCCUUAUUCUCCUUGUUCUCGCACAUCGCGUAUUUAAAACAAAAUCUUGAUGCUUCUCACAACGCACUUGCGAGAGAAAUCAAUCACCCAGUUGUCUGUAUACCUCUGUUUUUUUUUUAUUUUUUAUAAUACAUUGAAUAACAUUACAUUCCUACAUUUAUUUGCGGUAUAUUAAUUAUGAGAAUUUGUUUUGACAGUAAAACAUUGCGAUAUUAAAAAGUUGACGUAUCAGAGAGACACGCGAGUCUCCCUUUUUCUCUUUUUCGCACUCGAAUAUAACACACAUACACAUUAAUAUACAUAUACACAAACAUCACGCACUCGCUCAUACGCAUUAUCGAUACACGGACAGGAUGUAAGCAUUCGUACGCGUCCAUGUAUACGAUAUAUACGCGGAUGUGCACGACUCACUUAUAAGUAUAUAUGUAUGAGAUAUGUAUAUAUAUAUAUAGAUAUAUGAUCGUGUCGAUCAUGUUGGUCACGCGCGUGCGUAAUGUAACGGUGCACGACCGCGACAGCUCUAUGUACACUUAAAGGAAGAGAUACCGUAGCUCCGAAGACAGGAAUAGUGAUUUAAAGACAUGCUUAUAGAGUAUUUAAAUCGCAGUAGAGGGUCACUCAUACACACAUACAGAAUGUGCGUUAUGAACUAUUAGGAUAUACGUUGCGAAUCAAUGUCCGAAUUCUCAUCGCGUACGUCCUUCUCUCAAGAUUCGCACGAAAAUGUUCUUUGAUCUCCGUUUACUUGUAAAAUCGAGUUGUUUUUAUUGAUUGCACGUGCGAUACAGGCAUUGAUUAGUGAAAUAUAUAUUUCGACAGCUUCGAGCCGACUAUUAUUUAAAUCGAUAUUAUUGUAGACAAAACAAACGACUGGUCGCAAAUAAACCUAUUUUACAUU